GCCAGCUCUCUCGCAGCUCGACUAAUUCCAUAGGAGAUUUGUCACCUCCCACUAUUGCAUCCCACCAGCAAUAGGAAUUUAUGAAUCUCUGAAUAUUUGAUUGUGACUAAAGGAGAGCAACAAUUGCAACAGUGUCACGUCGAUCUAUCAAAUGAACGAACUUUUGAAGAAUCCAAUAUUUGCAACACAUGCAGUUGUUGCUGCAGGAUCUGCUACAUUAGCCACUGCUAUCAGUUACCCUCUAGAUAGUCUUAAGGUCCUUGUACAGGUGGGAUCAGGUAGCAGUAAACAACUCACUGGUGCUGAUGUUCUCAAUAGGGUUAGAACUUUGUCAGGAAGUUCAGGCUUGUAUAGUGGUGUGGGGUGGUUGAUACUUGGAAGAUCAUUGGGUUUGGGAGCUCGCUUUGGCGUUUAUGAAAUAAUGACAGCUUUUUACAAAGAUGGCCGAGAAGACAAGUAUGUCUAUGCCUCUGAGGCUCUGUUGGCAGGAAUUGCUUCUGGAGCAGUGGAAUCACUUGUAAGUUCUCCGUUUGAACUUAUUAAACUCCGUGCUCAGGUUACUUCUGCCUCCCGAAUUCCCAGCUCCACAUCAGUUGUCGAAAAGGCCAUCAUUUCACCUUCAAUGGCAAAGUUGCUACCGGGAUAUUCCCAGAACAUUAGGGUAUUGAACAACACAGUUGGUCUUUUGACCACCCUGCCCACCAAACAUCCCAAUUUGGUUACUGCCCUGAAAGAUUAUCCAUGGAUGAUGACAGGGUCUGGUAGACCCCCAUCUGUGUCUGAUGUUAAGAGGCCAUUAGAGAUCAUAUCUUUGGAAGGAUGGGGUGCUCUCUGGAGAGGUAUGAGAGCUGGACUUGCUCGAGAUUGUGUGUUUGGUGGUAUAUUCUUUUCAACAUGGCAAAUCCUACAUCAAGCAAUGCUUGAAUGGAAAGCAGUUGGAAUGAAUCCCCCACCUAGAUUUGAUGAAGAAGUUGGUCCAUUGUCCCCUUUAGCUGUUAGUCUUGCAGCUGGAUUCUCUGGUUCACUUGCUGCUGCUGCUUCUCAUUGUUUUGAUACUGCCAGGUCUCGUUCACAAUGCAUUGUGCUGCCCAAGUUUGUAUCCAUGGAGAGAAGGUUUCUCAAAUUUCAACUGCCCGGGAAGAGAUUUGAGAGAUGGACCGGGAUUCAUCCUGCAGAUAGAAACAUCUUAUAUCGUGGCUUGGGAUUGCGGAUGGCACGGAGCGGAAUUGCUUCCUUUGUUGUUGUAGGUGGUUAUCUUUUUGCAAUUGACAGACUGCUCCCUAAGUGAAGGUAUCAAGACCCCGGAGGAAAUGAGUAACAAAGAAAAUCGAAAUACGUUUUCUCUAACACAAGCUUAGUUAAAUGUUUGGGUUCGUCUUUGGCAGUCACUAUUUAGACAUUUUGGCUGUUAAAAAAGUAAAUGAAUAACUAGUAAUAAACCGAAGCAUUGGUUCUCACAUGAUUUUAACAGUGUAGACGAUUUAUAGCAACAUUUUAUAGUUUUACGAUAGUGUUGGGUCAGGUACUUUGAAUUUUGAUUUAGGAAUUGUGCAUCAAUCGGUUCGACCAUAUGUACUAUCGAUUCAGCUGUAUGAUAGUGAAGCUGGUUUGUGUUUUCA